CGGCUUCAAGUAUUUUCGCCUACAAUGGAUAAUCAACAGUUCCGCAGGCUCGUGCUCAAGAACCCGAGCACGCAGCAACAAAAAGAUGGCGGCAAAACACCCGUAGCGGCCACUCCGCGCUCCGCAACUCUCGGGUCUCGAAUGCGCUCGAGCAUUCCUAUGACUCCCCGCUCCGUAGGGGGCUCUACUGGCGUCGACUUUGCGCGCCAACUCGCCGAGCGGAACCGGGAAAGCCAGCCUCUAAAGAAAUUCAAAUCGUCUGCCGCGCCUAAAGGCACAAAACUUCCAACUGGAUACCGCGACCGGACACUCGACCGCGAGGCGUCAGAGAGAAAUGAUGUAGAAGACAAGGCUGCGCGGAUUCAGGCGCUCGAGGAAUCGAUGAAACUCGGACAAAUCGACCAGGACACUUUCGAACGUCUCCGGGAUAAGCUUGUAGGCGGCGACAUUCAAUCCACACAUUUAAUCAAAGGACUCGACUUUAAGCUUCUUGAGCGGAUACGUCGUGGUGAAGACGUGUUGAACGACAAGCGUACAGCCGAAGAGCGCGCCGAAGCCGAGCGGCAGGAGAAGGAGCAAGAAGCCGCAAACCUCGAAGAUGAAUUCGAAAAGUUCGAAGAGCAAGAGGUUGCGCCUGUGAUUAAACAAAAGACAGAGAAAAAGGGCGAAAUGGCGCCACCGCCACCCCCCGGUGGCCCAACCGUUGCAGGAAGAAAGCGCACACGAGAUCAAAUCCUGGCCGAGCUCAAAGCAGCGAGGCAGGCUGCAAAGGAACAAGCUGCACAGCCGUCUUUGGGCCCCAAAUUUCGUAAAGUCGGCGAGCAGCGAAACCAGCCAAACACGUCGCGAAUCGAGCGCGACGAAAAGGGCAGAGAAGUACUUAUUACAGUCGACGAGGACGGAAAUGUGAAACGGAAAGUCAGACGUGUCAAGGAAGACGAUUCGCGCAAUAGGCACUUUUCCAAAGCUGCACGCGACGAUGAAGCGCAAUACAAUAGUAAUGGUCUUUUAAUGCCAGAUAAAGACGCGCAACCACUUGGCAUGGACGUCUCGCAUAUACCCGGCGCUGUACCUACGACUGGAGAAGACGAUGACGAUGACGGAGAUAUUUUUGAAGACGCAGGUGUAGACUACGAUCCUCUUGCGGAUCUCGGAGACGAAGACUCAUCCUCGUCGGAAGAAGAAGGAGAAGAGACUACUGCAAAAGAACAGGAACGCAAACCUACAUUAUCUCCUUCUUCGUCGCCUAGCGAACAAGAACCUUCCAAAUCACCAGAUAUAUCAUCCAAGGCUCCUACAAACGAACAGCCCGCAACAAAGAAAAUCGAUUACUUUGCCAGCUCAUCCUCCAAACCCACUGCCUCCACAGAUGGACACGACGAGGAGUCACAGUCUAGAAAUCCCCUCAAAGAUCCUGCUAUCCUCGCGGCUCUCAAAAAGGCUUCGUCUAUUGCACCUAUUGGAGGCUACGAUGACGACGAAGAAGGCCAAGACGCCGAAACCAGAGCCAAAGAAAGAGAGGCCGCCCGCCGCCGACAGCGACUGCUUGAACAAGCUGCCCAUGAUCGUGACGCAGAGGACAUGGAUCUCGGGUUCGGCAGCAGCCGCAUGGAUGAUGAAGAAGACAUGGAUGAGUCUAAAGUCAAAUUAUCCGCUUGGACUGGACUUGGCGGCGGAGACGACGAGGAUGACGGUGAUGGAGCCGGUGCAAGAGGCGGGAAGCAAAAACGCAAGCGCGGCCCAAAGAAGAAGAAGGGGGAUGUAAACAAUGCCGCGGAUGUGAUGAAAGUCCUGGAGCGAAGAAAAGGCAAUUAGUGAAUAUAUAUGAUCGCGCUUGAUCCAGGUCCAGGUCCCUGGCUGUUUUUGAUGAUUACUGCCCACCUAGAAAUUAUCUAUAACCAUGUCACUUCUGCAUAUAUCCAAUGGGAAUUGGUAUUCAUAGAACGGGUAAAUCGGGAUAUGGGCGUCUGGAUUUGGCGGACAGAAUGAUUAUCUCUACCCCUUUGUUUAAUUUCUAUAUGUUUAGGAAAUACAGGUCUAUUCAUAGCGGGGAAGAUAUUGAUAUCAAGAUUAACUAAAACCGAAAUGAAGAUUUCAGUGAAGGGGUAAAGGGCUUUUUAAAAUAUUUCUAAUAAUCAUUCAGCCAGUCGAUAAAGUGGCUGUUAGUUGAACUGACAUGUUGGUUGCGUUGUGAACGGG